UGCCCAAAAUUUCCAAGAUUUAUCGACCAAUCGAGCACUAUUAAGUCACUCUGUAUAUAGGCCUAAACAAUUAUUGACAUCAAAAAGUUAUAACCUUAAACUGAUUGACUUAUGACUUCAUCAAGAUUUUAUCUAAAUCGAACUAACGUAGAUCCUUUCAGUGAACAUUACUCAUAAUGGCUGAAAUAUAACAAUAGAAUAUAGUAUUGAUUUCAACCAACAAAGAACUAACAUCGAGACAUCGAUUUAGUGUCCAUCAGUAGGUUAGUGGAAAAACUUAAAACAUCUAUGAUACAGAUGAAAUGUAAUGUAUUUUAUGGAUUCACGAAUUUUUUUCAUAUUCCAUUAUGAUCAUGGUCAAGUCAAGACAGCCUUCCAAUUCCCUAGCAGUGAAGAAGAGCAAAAACCUAAAAACGAGUUGGAGGGAUUACCUAAAAAUACUGAAAACCAGUUGGAAGGUUCAGACUCAAGUGUUUUUCGAAAAUUCUACUCUACAUGGCGUCAGAUACAUUGCCGAAAAGGGAAGACCUUUUUUCGAAAACUUUAUGUGGUUUGUAUGCGUUAUGGUUGGAUUGAUCACGUCCAUAAUAAUAAUCUUCAGUCUAUGGGAAAAGUUCCAAACGAAUCCAACAAUUACAGGUCUUGAUACAGAUUUUCACAGUUGGGACGUAGCUUUCCCUGCUAUAACUAUCUGUCAGGAAAAACCAGGAAAUAUGACAUUGAUCGAUGAUUAUAUCGAAAACAAGUUCAGUGAUAUCGAAGAUAAAGAUCAAGCAAAGAAGUUUUUAGAACUCUUGACCACACUGUCAUAUGAUAACAUGAAGGAUAUAGGACAGUUUGGCAAAUUUGAUGUCUUCCUCGAGGCAUCUACCUUGAAAAAUAUUAUGAUAUCGAUGAUGAACAAAUGCCAAGAUAUAUUCGAUAGUUGCGAAUGGAAGUCUAAACCUUAUGAUUGUUGUGAAGGAUUUUUUCCAGUGUUUACAGAAAACGGAUUCUGUUACACCUUCAACUCUAGACAUCACGAGAAACGAAAUGAAAAUUCACCUCCGUUCAAAGAAGAAAAGAUCAAAGAAACUGAUUUGAAGUGGAGUCUUGCCUUUACUGUGAAGAAUACUGACAUCAACAUACCGAUAUACAUGUUGAACUCUGAUGAAAUAGCUGGAAUUGACACCCCACCCCAGCACGUUUGGGACUUCACAAUGAAGAGCAUAUCUUUCGCUGUCAGACAAACUUACACCACUGAAGAUACUAGACAACUAAGCAUCAAACAGCGUCGCUGUAUCUUCGCAGAUGAGAGAAAAUUGGAAAUCGACUACAUGUACACGUAUACAGCCUGUACAAGACAAUGCAGGAUAGAUAGCUCGAUGAAACUGUGUGGUUGUGUACCUUUUUUCUACAGUUUUAGGAGUGGUAGUCCAUACAGAUAUUGCAGCAUCCGAGAAAUGGAGUGUAUUGCUAACAAUAAGGAUCAAAUCGUGGACAUUGAAAGUUGUGACUGCCAAUUAGGAUGCUCGAACACUGUUUACGAAGUGGAGAAAUUAAGUUCUAACAAUGAAGUUGAUAUCAGUACUAUGGAAAUUGGAUUUUUGUCGUGGCCAAUGAUACGAUAUAAAAGAGAAGUUCUUUUCGGAUGGGUAGAUCUUUUAGUGUCUUUUGGUGGAAUCGCAGGUCUGUUUCUCGGCUUCAGUCUGCUUUCCGGCGUUGAAAUGAUCUAUUAUUUUACUAUUAGAGCCUAUUUCAUGAUUGUGAAAGAACGGGGAACACUUGAGAAAAUUUAUGAAGAAGAUAAGUUGAAACCUAAACCUAGCUACGAUUUGAGUUUAACUCCAUAUUUUGUAUCAGAUCCAUUACCUGGUAAUGGCUAUAAUGAACUUAGGAAGGAUCACAUGAAGAAGAUGAAGUUGAAAAAGUCAAACAAAAUAGAACCGCUCAAAGGCAAAUGGAGACCGGAAGACAGCAUACUCCCACCAUAUGGCAUCCAAUUUUCUGAAUGAGACAAAAUUAACAAUAUAAAUUUUAUUGAUAUCUCAUUUGUACAAAUACUUAUUUACAC